AGAGGAGGAAUGCAGGAUAGUCUAAUAAAACUACUGCUGGGAAUCGACAUGUUACAGCUGCGCCUAGCGAAACUGCUGCUGCAGAAGCUAGUGUUGUACGAGGAGGCGGCCGAGCAGAUGUUUGAAGUUGGUAGCCCUGUCAAUGUUCCACGGCUGAUCAUGAACCAGUUCUGUUGGCUCGACCACAUCGUUGAUAGCAAGAAGCUGUGUCAUGAAGUGUUGGAGAUGUUGGCGGCCAUGUCUACGCUGGAGGUCAGACGUGAGGUCAUCGCGUGCAUUCCAGAUAUGGUGGAGGACGAUGAGCACACUAUGAUGUCACAGAAGCUGAGUGAGAUUCUUCUUGUAGACAGCGAGUUGACUGUUCCCAUCCUUGAUGCUCUCUCUAACCUGCAUCUUAAACCCGAACUACUGGAUGAGGUGCGAGCGCGCGUACUGGGGACGAUGGCCAGCGUGCGGCUGGACGACCUUGCUGUAGUCGUGCGCUUCAUUCUGCAGGGAGUCGCGUGCGAGCGGCCGGAGAAAGCCCUCACUGUGGUUGCCGAGCUGAGAGAGCAGUUGGACUUUGAAACCAUCUUCUCUACGUCAGUUUCCUCCACUCCCGAGAAGGAGAUGUUGGCCAAGGACCAAGCAGAGAGGGGGUCUGAAUUCCUCAUCUUGGAUGCGAUCAAAUCGUCUGUGCGAUUCCAGAAGUCGGUCGGUGAUGCAUGGUUUAAGGCGAUUGAAAAUGUUUCCACGGCAGCCAAUCACAAGAUCAUCGAUCUGCUUGUGCUGCUCAUGCUGCACGCGACGACGACGCGGGGCAAGGCGGUCGAGGGCCUCUUCCGCAGCAAGAUCCGACGUGGACACUUCACGGAGCUGCUGCUGCAGUCAACGUUCGCAGCCCACGCCUCGGUUGUCAGGGAGUAUGUUCACUCGGUGCUUGCUGUUGCUGAGGUGCUGCUGCGGUCGGCUGAACCGCUUAUCAGCUACUUCGCCUGCUCCAUGUACACGCAAGCAUUCCUGAACUUUGAUGCAUACUGCCAGCAGGAGAUUGUGAGUUCCCUCGUCACACACAUCGGCAGCGGCUAUGCGAGCGAGGUCGACGCAUCCCUCGACAUUCUUCGUGACCUUGUUGAAAAAAACCUGCAAAGGAUUGUCAAAUUCUCGAUGUUUGUCACGGGUCUCCUCGACUACCUGGACAAUCUAUCGCUGCCUCAGAUCAGGAAGCUGUACUGGGUGCUGAGCGCGCUGGCGUUGCGCGGGCCACGCGAGUCGCAGGCGGCUAACGACCUGCUGAUAGUCGUGCGCAAGCAGCUGUCGAGCGGCGAGCACAAGUACAAGCGCAUGGGUGUGAUGGGAGCUCUCAUGGUCGUCGGCAACCUCGCUCGAAGCAGCUCGUUAGAUCAGACGCUCUCGCAGACGGCCCCGGAGACGCACGUACCACCCGAUCGCAUGAGGAUGCUGCAGUCACUCCUGGCAACAGGUGCGCGCAGCUGCAGCUCUGACGCGCCGGCUUCUUUGAGCAUGUACGAAGACGAGGGGGUCACCCCAGGUGUGACACGAGGGGCGGUCGAGCGUAUGCCGAGGGUCACGGGCGACGGAGGGGUCACCAAGACAAUAAAUGGUCUACCGCUGUCGCUGGAGUUGAGGUAUGGAAUAGAGGAGGAGCCAUCGCAGACGGAGGAGGACACGCCGAGCAUCGCGCUCAACCUGCUACCACUGCUGUGUACCGGCGCGGGACAGACAACAUCGCGAGGGGGCAGCGAGAAAGCCCGGCAGUCGCUCCUGUGUCUGUGCCCACAGUUCCGGCUGCUGCAAAUCUGUGAGAAGUCUGUCAGUGGCAACCUAGACAUGAUUGACGCCCUUCUAGUGUGCCCUCUCUAUCUGACGUCGGACAAUGAGUUGGAGGUUGACAACUUCAGAAUGCUUAGUUCAGAGGACAAGCAACUAGUCUGUACAGCUCUCUUCUACGCUGCCAACUUCUUCCGAGAGGUCGUGCGGAAGAGCAAGGUUGAGAAGGAUGUUCAGGCAUCGGGUAGCAAGCAGACCAAGGCUGAUGACACGCAGGUUGUCGUGGACUCGAGUCCCGAUGACAGCAACCCCAGCGCGCCUGACAAGCAGGAUGACAAGCCUAAGGUAGCAGGCAGCGUUGAGAUGGACCAGUACAGGCAGUACCUUCGUGAGAUGGAUCUCGAUGUGUUGACAUUACUCAAACAUAGACUUGUGGCUGGUGAAGGCACUGAUGAGGACAGGAGAGCGCAUGCGAGAAAAUUCGCUUGGCGGAGGCCAGCAGAGCUUAACUUCCUUGUCAAAGACCUGGUUCAGAAGCUUGACCAUGUUCUUCUGUCAUCCAGCUCCCAGCAUAGAGUCUUCCUCAAGACAGCGAAAAAGUUUGGCUUCGGACAUCUGGAUCAGCUUUCAGCGUCGGACGUUGCCACGGCGACCGUGGGCUUGCUGCCUGCUCUCUGCUCCCAUGUGGAAUUCAUCAGCGCACACUUCCAGGAUAUAAUAGCGAGGAAUGAUGGAAUUGUGGAUGGACCGGGCAUGGACACAACGGAGUCGAAGACAAUGCUGGAAAUUCUCAAUAGCAUCAUGCAUGCCUUCACAGCUGUCAUAAACUGGAAUGGGUUUCUGAGGACGGAAAAUCAGACUCUACUGCGAGAAGCACUCGCCGUGUUCUCUUCGAGGGUCGACUUCACCGAGACAACACAGAGGGCGCCACUGCAGGAUCUGCGCAGACGCUCAUUCAGCUACUUCGAGGCGUUGGCUGACUCGGCGCUUGACCUGCAGGCGGCGGUGACCUUGACGAAGCUGCUCACAGGCUUCACGCGCGACAACGAGCGUGGCGGGAUGCUGAGCGAGCGCAGCGGGAUGCUGAGCGAGAGGCUCGUGACGCUGGCGCGCGGCUUCCUCUGCCGGGAGUGGGUCGGCGGCAACGGUCAGCGGGAACACGGCGCGCGCUGCAAUGACAACAUCCGCCUGCUGCUGCUCGUCUACCUCGAGCACACGGGCGACCGGUUGUCUGCGAUCGAGGGCAUCACUACAGAGGGCGUUAGUGAGCUGCUGGAGGAGGAGAGCGACGGAUGCUCUGGUCGCUGGCCGACGCUCAGCCGCGCGUCUUUCCCCGUCUACUACCGCAUCAUGAUGGCCGAGGUCGUGCGCAACGCACGCCGCGCGGCGACCGCCAACGAAGAGAGCGUGGAGGAGCAGCUGAUACAGUGGAGCAUGUCCGUCCGCAUCCUACAUGUCCUUAUCAGCUUCAUCAAAGCCUUUGACAGCAGACCGAACCUGGCUACUGCUCUAAAGUACGGUAGGCAGUUUGUCGAGGUGUUCCUGAGGCAGGCUAUGCCCCUGCUUCACAGGACGUUCCGCUCGCACACUGCCGACGUACAGACCAUCCUGAAGAAGUUACAGCUGAGCACACGCUUCAUGCAACACAUGUGUAGCCAUUCCAAGGUCAUGAAGGACGUAUCGUUGACCAAUCACGUUCCGCCGCUGAAGAAAUGCCUCGAGACGCUCAUCUACAGGGUGAAAGCACUGCUCUUCUACAACAAGUGUACGGAUGCAUUCUGGCUGGGCAACCUCAAGAACAGAGACCUGCAGGGGGAGGAGAUCUUAUCUCAGGUUUCCAUGACAACAGAAGCUGAGACAGAGGACAUGGAUGUGACCGAGUUAGCUAGCGACGAUGACAGUGAAGUGGAGUUGGAAGAUGUGGAAGCGGGAAAGCCGAACGGGAAAAAGCGGGAGAGACAGAGUGAUGACGACGACAGCGACUCCUGCAGUGAAACCUACUAAGGCCACAAUUA